GAAGCAAUUAACAGAGCAUGCGCGCCACGAAACCAUGACAAAUACGUCUGAAUCAGACCAAAUAGCGUAGCUAACGCAAAAACCUACGCAUAAUUUGUUUCCUAAAGCUCAUGCCUGAUUUGAAUUAGAAUAUUUACGCUGCUAGGUGUGGAGGAAGUGCUUCACAUGCUAAGCUUGGUAAAGCUGUUAUUCCUGUCUUCACCUGGAGCUUUCUAGCUAAACGAAGUUAAUUUCAACAGUGUUUUAAAGUUGAUGUAUAAUUCUUGUUUUAAAAAGAAAAAAAAACAUUUAAAAGCCAGUCAUUGUUUUCGCUUUUUGUUUUGUGCUAAGUUUUUACGUAAGAGCAAACUGAAUGUUUCCUCCAACGUUCUACAAAGGAAAUGUUGCCAUUAUUGUCCUAAUCAAAGCAGACAUGAAGAAUAAAUAACGCCAAAUUGACUUAACUUCACCAUUGGGUGCCAUGGAGUUUCUCCCAGUGCUCGACCCGUUUGAUAGACCUAAAGAAGGAAUCUGGUAUUCAUUGAUACCAAGUGGAAGCACUCCAGGGGUUAGUGUGGGUAAUACCUGCACAUUUGUUCCCUCUGAAGAUGGAGGAAAAGGAAGAAUCGCUAUUGUUGGGGGAGCUAAUCCCAGUGGCAGUUUCUCAGAGUCAUAUGCUAUAAAUCUAGAUAAUCAUGAAUGGAUCACAUCUGACUGGAAAGGUUUAGAAGCCCGAUAUGAACACUGCAGUUUUGUGUCCGAAAGCUGUCCACAGUGCCUGUGGGUGUUUGGUGGGGCACAGCAAACGGGGAAUCGCAAAUGUAUCCAGAAACUACAACUUUCUGACAAGAACCCUCAGUGGAAAAAUGUAGAAGCAAAAGGGGAGCUUCCCAGUCCCAGGACAUACCACACCAGCUCAGCCUGCUUAGGGGACAAACUGUAUGUGUUUUCUGGUGGGGAAGCAGGCGCUACACCCGUCUCAGACACCAAACUUCAUGUGUUUGAUACAGUUUCUUCCACUUGGUUUCAGCCAGAAACACAAGGUAGGCAACCAGCAUCCAGACACGGACACGUCAUAGCUGCUGUUGGCUCGAAGAUUUAUAUUCAUGGAGGCAUGGCUGGAGAUAAGUUCUUCAAUGAUAUGUAUUCCCUUGACUCAGGGAUCAUGAAGUGGGAGAAAGUGCAGUCAAAAGGAGAUAUCCCACCAGGCAUUGCAGCCCAUUCGGCUGUGGUACAGGGUGCAAACAUCUAUAUAUUUGGAGGGUUGACUGUAGAUGGUGCCAUCAGCUCAAUGUACAGAUUUAAUACUGAGAAGAGCAGAUGGACCCUAAUGAAAUUUGAAGGAGAGUUGCCACCAAACCGCCUGGACCACUCCAUGUGUUUAUUGCCAUGGCAGCUGUGUAGGGAGAGGAAUGCAGAUGGGACGAAGAACAAUGGUCCAGACUUUGAGACGAUCAAUCUGGCUUUUGCAUUUGCAGGAAUGGACACACAUGGCGUUAUUUAUAAUGACUGCAUUGUGACUGUUGUCAAGUGAACCUUUAUUGCAAUUCAAGGUUCAUGUCAGUUUCUGCAAAUUCCAGAAGUCAGACUGAUUUUUAGAGCUGCCUGUAUGUUUAACUCUGACAGCUUAUUACAGAGUGACAACUUUUACAUGUAGGUUUCAAAUUUCAAUGUUCAAUUUUCAGAGUUAAUAGAAGCCUUUUAAACUAUUCUCACUAUUAAAAUUCUUAUUUUCUGCAGGAUGACAGUUUCAAGUACAAUUGUAUUCUGUUGCAAAUGUCAGUUUUAAUCACUUUGAUCCCAUUAUGUAAAAUUUGGGCACACGAGAUUAUAGCCAUAAAUUAACACUGUGUGCCAACCCUGAGUUUUGUGUUGAAGCAAAUCCUAUCCAGCAAAUAUCAAAUUAAUGAGACCACCAGCUAAUAGUUUGUAUGAAACAUUUAUUUCAGUGUCUUUCCAGAAAUACAAUAAAUAACUUUGAGCAUUGCCUGUGAACAGAAAAAUUGAUCCCACAGACACCAUCCUAAGUGUACCCACUAAUAACUUGCCCACCCAAAUAAGCCCCUCCCCUUCACAAAACCCCCAUUAGGACUGCCUGAGAACAGCAGCAACAAGCCUCAUCUGGGCUGACAAAUCUCCGCCUUGCAGCGAAGGACAUUUCUCACACUGAAGUUUGUUUUCAAGUCUUUUAGAAAAUUCAGUAUGGUUGCUUGUUAUCUUCACCCCUUCCCCGCCACUCCUCUCACAAUUGAGUCCCAUCAGUUCAAAUUCAUGUUAAUGCCACUUAAAGGGAAAAGGGCAACCAAAGACUUCAAGCCUGCCUACAACUCAUCUUUUUCUUGCUCCUCGGCACCCUCUGGUGGAGGUCCA